UUGAAGAGAGCCGGCCGACCCCGACCUCACGGCAUUCGAGACCCCCGACUUGGUUCGGGGAGGUUGUCGCUUUCGUAAAAGCAACAGCGGCGACUCGUCAAGUACGUGCCUCUCCGCCGUGGCUUUGAGGGAACGGCGGUCCGAGGCCCUCGAAGCAUGACGGUCGUACGUCGGUCGUCCGUCUGCUUGGCCGUUGUCCUGGUCUGCGGCAUACUGUCGCCCGGAGUCGAGGCCACGUACGGCAUCAAAACGAGAAACUAUGGUUCUGGCGGUGUGAAAAGCCCCAUAAGGGAGAGGAUUGAAAUGUCCCACAACUACGGCACUGGUGGCAUCAAAAGUCCCGUCAUGGAGAGAAUGGAAAUGUCCCGCAACUCGAGCGCAUGGUGUGAUGUUCCGCCAAACCCCAACGCUGCGUCGACAUCUUGCCAAAGGAAGCGGGACAGCAUGCGGUGUACGGCCAACUGCAUGACUGGAUUCCAAUUUCCCGAUGGAAAGCGGCACAUGACACUGAACUGCGAUCUCACGACACGCCAGUGGAAGCCAAUUCAGCGGUUCCCCGACUGCGAAGGAGUCUGUCAGCCAGCUUGUCUCCACGGAGGUCGCUGCUACGGCAACAACCGCUGCGUCUGCUCCAAUCAGUACAGGGGAGACCAUUGCCAGUACCCCAUCAGCCUGUGCGACGGUCACAUGCUGGGUGCGGGAGGAUCAUCGUGGCACUGCAACCACACACACGUGGAGACCCUCUGUCAAGUGUCGUGUCCAGCGGGAUUCGACUUCCAGGCGCCCGGAGCCGCACCGGUGUACCGGUGCAGCCUGCAGGGUGUCUGGGACCCACCCUUCGUUCCACCAUGCGUGCCCGACUAUACAAGUUCUUCCCGGACGAACGUGACAGCGCAUGCAGGCUUCCACCAGGGCCAGCAGACCAUCACCGAGGUUGAUGAACAUAGCGGACAAGAGCAGCAGCAACAGCAGCUGGACCUCGGUGGUCAUGUCAAAGAGGUCACUUCUAAGAAGAACUUGACCAGUGCAUCGCAAACAGACAAGGUUUUCGACCUGCCACCACAAGAGAUUCCCGGAGAAAAUGAGCUUCCGCCGCCGUCCACCGGCGUGUGCAGCACGUGGGGUCGGUUCCAGUUCAAGAGCUUCGACGGCACCAUGUUCCGCUUCGCGGGUGCCUGCAGCUACGUGUUGCUCAAGGACUGCGCCCAGCCAGACCCCUCGGCAAAGUUCGCGCUGGAACUGCAGUACUCCGCGGGCUGUCCCGAUGUGGCCAACUGCACUCGAAUUCUGCACCUUGUCGGUGCGGUAGCCGGAGAGCGUGUGAGCCUGCCCCUGGGCCUGCCACCGCCACAGGACGCUCAACCACUGGUUGACGCGAUUCCUGGCCUGAGCGCGCAGUACGCCGGGAAAUACCUGGUGCUCCAGAGUCCGCAAGGGUACACUGUGUGGAUCGACGAGGAGUCUGUUCAGAUUCGAGUAACGCCCGCCCUACGUGAGACAGCAUGCGGCCUCUGCGGACACUUUGACGGGGAACCAUCCAAUGACCUGAUGGUUCUGGAUGCCAGAAGUGCCCUCACGCCGCGAGAGUUUGGAAUAUCUUGGGUAGUCGAAAGAGAUUGCAUCCACAGUGGCCUUGAGAGGGAAGCCUGCACUAUCCAGUCCAGUGCAGACAAGAACGUCUCCCUGACAGCUUUCGACCGCUGCUCCAUCAUUUUCAACGACAUCUACAGAGAGUGCCACAGGGUGUUGAAGCCGAACCGCUUCUUUGAUUCCUGCCAGCAGGACUGCUGCGACAGACGGUCGCCCUCGGGCUGUGAGUGCGCCACGUUGGACGAAUACUUCCGAGAAUGCCAACGCCUCGGCGUCCAGCUCAAAGAAAGCUGGAGAAGAGACACCGUCUGCCCUCACACCUGUGACGGCGGCAGUGAAUACCGUGAGUGCGGCCCCGCGUGUCGUGCCACGUGUGCUGACCGCGAGCCGGCGUGCGCGCUGAGCCAGUGCGCCUCGGGCUGCCACUGCCCCGAAGGACUGCUUUGGGACAACGGUCGCUGCGUGGAGCCCAGCCAGUGCGCUUGCACCUUUAGGGACCGGAAGUACCAGGCCGGCGAGCAGAUCGACCAGGAUUGCAACACAUGUGUGUGUGACGACGGCCGCUGGCAGUGCACCAAGGCCAUCUGCGACGCGACUUGCUCGGUGCUUCUGGGGAGCAUCUACAGCACCUUCGACGGCGGCCGCUUCCAGGCGCGUGGCCACUGCGGGUUCAUUCUGCUACAGGCCGAGGGCAUCCGGGUAAUCCAGAACAGGCACGUGUGCGCCGGCCUGCCAAAGGACGCCGUCUGCUUGGGAGACAUACACAUACAGGUCGGCGAGAACGUCUUGGUCUCCAUCAACCAGCAGCUGCAGGUCCUCAUCAAUGCCCGAGAGCUGAUGUCUCUUCCCGCCGUGCUCCCGAAUGUGACCAUCCUGAAGCCGACGUCCUUUUUCAUCGAGGUGGAGACCAAAGGUCUGACGCUUCUCACGGACGGCAAGAGCCGCCUCGUCCUGACGGCCACCGAGGGACUGUACACGAAGACCAUGGGCAUGUGCGGCACCUUCAACCACAACAGCCAGGACGACUUCUUGUGCCCCGGGGGAGACGUCGAUUACCAGGUGGAAUCGUUUGCGAAGCAGUGGGCUGACGGCGAGUGCGCCGGCGUUGAAGCAGUGACCACGCAGUGCGACCAGGAUGCCCUGCUCUGGCCCGAGAGCAAGCACAUCUGCAGGCAGCUCUACCAGGGAGCCUUCACUGUGUGCCAUCAUUCGGUGAACCCGGACCCGUACUUCGAGCUCUGCAUCCAGGCUUCGUGUAGCUGCCACUCGGACUCCGGAGACUGCCUAUGUCCGGUGUUCUCGCACUACGCGCACGCAUGCGCUGCUAAGGGUCACGUGAUCGACUGGAGACCUCAGGUGCCCGUCUGUGGCGUGUACUGCGAGCACGGCCAGACCUACCAAAGCUGCGCUCCAGUGUGCGACUCCAGCUGCGCGCUCAUCGGACGCAACACGUCGUGCGGCGGACGCUGCGUAGAAGGAUGCGCCUGCGAACCGGGUUUCAGCCUGGACCGCCGCGGACGCUGCGUGCCCGUCAGCCAGUGCGGCUGUCUGUUCGCCGGACACGAGUACCCUGCAGGAUUCAAGCAGCGGAGGCACGACCAGCACUGUGAGUGCCUGGCAGCCCAGUGGCAGUGCAGACCAGCGAGCGCCGACGAAGUGAUCCUAGUGCCUCCGGCUAGAGAGUGUGGCGCGAACGAAGAGUACACCGAGUGCCGUUCCAACUGCCCUGCCACCUGUGCUUCACUGCAUAGCCCACCGGAAGCUGGAAGCUGCGCCGUCGACGUGUGCCAAGCGGGAUGCCAAUGCCGAAAGGGUUUCGUCCGUGACGGGAGGACUGGAUCCUGCGUUCCACCCACCUCGUGUCCUUGUCAGCACGGACUCCGAAGCUACGCCGACGGAGACAAAAUUGACAUCGAAUGCAAUCAGUGCACCUGCGAGCGUGGCCGCUGGCUGUGCACGCAGCACAAAUGCGCCGGCACGUGCGCCCUGUGGGGCGACUCGCACGUGCGCACCUUCGACGGGGUGUCGUUCGAUUUCCGCGGCACAUGCGACUACGUGCUGGCCAAGGGACGACUCUCCGGCAACGAGAGCGUCAGCGUGGUCGUGCAGAACGUGCCCUGCGGAAGCAAGUCCUCGUGCGCCAAGACCGUCAGUGUCAUCGCUGGUUCGGAGGAGCCCCUGGUGCUGACAGAGGGUCACCCGGUGCCGCCUGUUCGUGAGGAAAGCGGUCUGAGCGUGCGCACCGUCGGCCUGUUCGUGGCCGUCUAUGUGCGCGGCAGCUUGAGCGUCUACUGGGACAAGCACACUCGAGUAUACGUUGUCGCUGGGCCUGCAUGGGCAGGAAAGCUGACCGGCUUGUGCGGUAACUUCAACGGUGACGGCACCGACGAGUUCCGGUCCCCGUCCGGUGGACCCGCCCUUCCCCAGGCCGAAGAGUUCGUGGAUGCAUGGCGUCUGCACAGCUACUGUGCGCCCGCACUGCCCGCGCAGCAUGGAUGUCUGCAGCGCCCCGAGCGGCGAGACUGGGCAGCUUCCCGAUGCGCAGCUCUUAAAGAGCAACCCUUCCGCGAAUGCCACAGCGAGGUUGACGUGCAGCCCUUCUACGACCGUUGCGUGUCGGACACGUGCUCUUGCGACACGGGCGGCGACUGCGAGUGCCUCUGCACCGCCCUGUCCGCGUACGCCCACGAGUGCGCCCAAAGAGGAGUCCGCGUCCUCUGGCGGUCGCAAGAACUCUGCCCGGUUCAGUGCGAGACGUGUGACGAGUACUCGGCGUGCGUAAGCGGCUGCGAGCCUCCCAACUGCGCCCACCCGGCGUCCGAGGUCAACUGCCCGGAGGCGGCGCCCGUGUGCCUGGAAGGCUGCGCUCCGGCGCGGUGCCCGACGGGCGAAGUGCACCGCAACGCCACCGACCACCGGUGCGUGCCGUACGCCGACUGCGAGGCACCGCCAGAGACCGGCUGCAGCGUCGGCGGAGUCCUCUACAAGGAGGGACAGAGGGUCGCCACACCCAACCCGUGCCAGUCAUGCUACUGCAAGAAAGGCCAAAUCGAGUGCAUCGGCCGGCCAUGCCCCCUGGAGUUGAAGACUUGCAACCAGAGUGGCUGGUCCGACUGGUACAGCAUGACAACACCCGAAUUUCAGCGCGGCAACGACUUCGAGAUCCUGCUGGCGCACGCCGACCGCUGCCCGGUGGACAACAUGGCGUACGUCGAGUGCCGUACCAUCAACGGUCACGUGCCGUGGAACGAGACCGGGGAGUCGAUGCUGUGCUCGGUUGCGACCGGGCUGCGCUGCCUCAAGGAAGACCAGUACGACGGGCCAUGCUCCGACUACGAGAUGCGGGUCUACUGCCAGUGCGCCGAGGAAACGACGCCAGCACCUAUCGUACCGACCACUGUGACACUGACCGGGCCUUACUGUGACGCAUGGACUCCGUGGAUCAACCAGGACAGUCCUUCGGACGAUGGCGGUGACAACGAGUUGCUGGCCAACAUUCCGCACUUCUCGGAGAUUUGUCCCGAGCUGACAGCAGUCGAGUGUCUGCCUGUGGACCCGACGCACAGUGCGCACGCAGAGGAAGAAAUUACAAAGUUUGCGGAGCCGUGCAAUAGGAAGGGACUCCUCUGCAUGCCUGGCACCCCUUGCAUCGACUACAAAGUUCGCGCCUAUUGCAAAUGUCCAUCUACGGAAGUCCCCACGACACAGGCGCCUGUAGUCCCCACAACAAUAAGCGUGUGUCCUCCGGGCAGCCGCUGGUCCGAGUGCGGCAUCCGCUGCAACGCCACCUGCGACCACUUCCUGCACGAGCUCCGCUCCGAGGGCUUCUGCGUGGAUGACGACGCUGUUUGCGUGUCCGGGUGCUUCGGCGCGGGCUCCCACUGCGAACCGGGCAGCCUGCACUUCGACCGCGAGAGCUGCGUGCCCGCCCAGCACUGCCCCUGCUCCAUGCCGGGCAGGGAAGCACCGCUCGCCCCGGGAGAUGUCGUGGAGCUGGAUUGCGAGAAGUGCCAGUGUCUGUACAACAAAGUGAGCUGCGUCGGCAUUCCGGGCUGCGGCGCAACCAUCGCACCGGAGGAGCCGACGACGCCAGCUCCCACGACGGUGUGGUCUCCGUCUACCGAAGGUGGCUGCUGGACUCCCUGGUUGAACGACGACCAUCCCGAGGGACCAGGCGACUUUGAGGACCUCCGCACGCUCCAGGCUGAGGGCAAGGCGUGCGUCGAGCCGGCAGCCAUCGAGUGCCGAGUCGCCGGCGAAAAGACACACUGGACGCAGACAGGACAGAAAGUGGAAUGCUCCUUGAAGCAGGGAAUGCGCUGCUGGAACAGCGACAACGGGCCACAUGGCUGCUUGGACUACGAAGUGCGCCUAUACUGCCCAUGUGUGGAAGAGGAAUUGGUUCCAACGACUACAACGAAGGAAGUGACAACGCCAGAGUGUCGCCAGGGUUGGAGCUCAUGGAUAAAUAGCCACCCUCUGGACAACCUGGGAGACCAGGAAAGCCUGCAGUCGGUUUUUGAGGCCGGUCUGCUGGAGUGUCCGAGGCCGACAUCGAUAGAGUGCAGGGAGGCUGGAACUCAGGUACCCUGGAAUCAGCUAGGCAUGAUUGGUGUGCGGUGCGACCUGUCGUCCGGACUACUCUGCCGAAGCAGCAGCCAGCCGAAAGGGAGGAGCUGUGUCGACUUCGAGGUGCGGUUCUACUGCGACUGCGGCGAGCCGACUGUCCUACCCCCGCGCGUCACCCCGACCACGACGCUCGCCCCGACUACAGUCGCUGUCGUCACGACACAGCGUCCCUGCGCCUACUGGUCCGACUGGUUUGACACGAGCCGACCGGGCGUCGAAGGUAACGAUGGUGACCGCGAGCCGGGAGUUCACGGUCACCCGCAAUUGCAGGGAUUCUGCGAGCACGGCUACGUGGUCGCGGCCAGUUGCCGGAACGACAAGGACACCGACUUCAGCGAGACGGGCCAGCUGGGUCUGACGUGCACUCCGGAGGACGGCUUCACCUGCAGCGACGCGGAUCAGCCUGCCGGACGUGGAUGCGACAACUACAAGAUUCGAUUCUACUGCUCCUGCGAGGGCCCGGUGACCACGGAGAUCGUCGUCAUUCCAACAAAACCACCGACACCGCACCCUUCCUGUAGUUCAUUCAUUCGGAUCAUUGAUGGUCCCGAACCACUGAGAGACUCGAACCUGAAGGCCAGCAGCAGCCAACACCCGGAGAGUGGACCACAGGCGGCGCGCCUUCGCAGCCUCGGAUCAUGGGUACCAAAUCCUGGCAGCAGCAAAGAGUUCAUCGAAGUGGACAUUGGAAAGGUGACGAAGGUGUACGGAAUCGAGACUGCCGGAGAUCCGGCGCUUGGAGCUUGGGUGACGUCGUUCAGCGUGCUCUACAGUCAGGAUGCCAUCGCCUACAGUCAGAUAUCUAAUCCGGACGGAUCACCCAAGGUGCUCGGCGCAAACCACGACGCCAGCUCUGUUCACAAGCAGUAUUUCGAGGAACCGUUCGAGGCCCGGUUUGUGCGCAUUCAGCCUCUCAGUUGGGAAAACCAGGUGGCACUCAAGCUCGACCUCCUCGUCUGUGCCAUCGAGACUUUUACUGUCAAACCAACCUGGACACCGGGGGCACAUGUCAUCUGCCAGGAGCCAAUGGGACUGGAGAACGGGUUGCUGGACGAACAGGCGCUGCAUGCUUCGUCCGAGCGUGACGAAGAGCACGAGGCCAACCAGGGAAGGCUGGGCGGUCACAGCUGGGUCGCCGGUGUCGCCGACAAGCAUCAAUAUCUGCAGGUGGACUUUGGUGAACCCCGCGAACUAACCGCAGUGGUGACCAAGGGUCGGGAGGAAGCAGCACAGUGGGUCACUUCGUACACGGUGCAUCACAGCAACAAUGCGCACAGAUGGAGCACGAUCAAGGACACCAACGGUCAAGAUGUGGUGUUCACGGGCAACUUCGACGCCAACACUGCAGUGACGAGGGUGUUCCCGAGGCACGUUAGUGCUCGCUAUUUGAGGAUUGUGCCCGUCACCUGGAAGAACUGGAUUGCGCUCCAGCUCGAAGUACUCGGAUGCGAGCCAGCGCCUAGGCCUACAGUGACUACUCCAAUACCAACCACAACGGUUGGUAUUGUAGUGGAGUUGGAGUUCCACUGCCCGGAACCAAACGGCCUGUUCCCGGACGCACAGGACUGCCGCCGCUUCUACCACUGCUCGAACGACCAGCCGCACCACAAGUGGUGCCCAGGAAAGCUCCACUUCAAUCCGAAGCUACUCGUGUGCGACUGGCCUCACAACGCCGGAUGUGAAGAAGGUGAAGAGCUGAGGAUACUGACCCUACCACCGACCGAGGAGCCAUGCGUGGCGUACGGCCCGUGGGUGAGCACGAGCGAGCCGACGCCGGAGACCGGCGGUGACGUGGAGGACGUGGCCAGGGUGGUGGCCGAGUCCGGAUUCUGCCUGUACCCGGUGGGUAUCGAGUGCCGCGAGUACGCCACUGACGCCGACUACAGCAAGACGGGGCAAGUGGUCAGCUGCGACGUGGAGCGCGGACUGCGCUGCGUCGACAGCGACCAGGCCGACGGCCGGACUUGCCUCAACUACAAAGUGCGCGUCAAGUGCUGGACUUGCGCGCCUCCGACGACGACGGAACUGCCGACCGUCCCACCGCCCGUUCCGUGUCCGGAGGUGGAGAUAACCGAUAACGCCACUUUCUGCCCGCAAGGAUGCCCCCACGGAUUUGCGUGUGACGCAGACCAGUGCGUGCACGUGGCGGACUGCCCCUGUGUACGCGACGGCAAGAGGUUCCCGGUGGGUGGCAUGCUGGAAACGAGGACUUGUCACGAGUGUCAGUGCCAUCUCGGCGGACGGUCCAGCUGUCUUCCUAAGACUUGCCCGCCUUGCCCCAAGGGACGACCUCAGACGGUGAAUGCCGACUGCUCCUGCGAAUGUGGAACUUGUCCUGACGGCCAUCGACUCUGUCCGACCUCUGGAGAGUGCAUUGCGGAUGAGCUCUGGUGCGACGGAGUCGUCAACUGCCCCGACGACGAGACGGACUGCGAACGUACCACGACUGUGGUUCCGUGUCCUCCGCUCGUGAAGAAGUUCUGCGCCAAGGGUGAAACCUUGGUUCUUGUGAAGGAUGAGCUCGGCUGCGAGCAGUAUGCAUGCGAGUCCGGAGUCCCGCCUCCUGCAAUUGCUCCACCCCCGAUCGUCGAGUCCGAGUGCGAGCUGGUCGGCCAUCACUUCAAGACGUUCGACGGUCGCGAGUUUGACUACAGCUACUGCAACCACGUGCUCGUCCGUGACGGUGCUGCCGGAAACAUCAGCAUCUCGGUGCAGAGAAACUGCGUGCUGGAGGACGAGGCCACCUGCCCCAAGCGAGUGACGAUCCAGCAGCUGGGUCACCGUAUCGUGCUGGGCACCGACUUGUCGGUCCGCGUGGACGACUUCGAGUACACGGCGAAGCAGCUGCCUCUGCUGGCGGAGCGCAUUCCGGAGUUCGAGAUCAUGAACAUCGGCGAACAGCUCUACUUCCGCUCUCGAGUCUACAGCAUCGAACUCAAGCUCGACGUUCGCGGCCGAGUUGGCGUGAAGGUGAACACCUCGUUAAACGGUACCCUGGCUGGCCUCUGUGGAUUUUUCAACGGCGAACCGUCCGACGACUUCGUGACUCCGUCUGGAAGCCAAGUGGCUAGUGUCGAGGAAUUCGGCGACAGCUGGCCAACGCCUGGUGCGGGAGAGGAGUGUCGUCCCCUGGAAUGUCCGAAAGAGAUGCUGAUAGCAGCAGCAGCCAUCUGCAACAAGCUUAGGGAGGAGCCCCUGUCCGCGUGUCCCGGGCUGCACACGCAGCUGUCCAACUGCCUCAGUGCCACGUGCGAGUGUCUGCAACGCGGAAACGCCACCAGCGAGUCCGAGUGUGCCUGCGAGGCCUACCUCGACGCGGUCACCCACUGCGACAUCGAGAACCGCGACGAGAAGCUGCAGGGAUGGAGGCUACGACACGGAUGCGUACCGGACUGUCCACCAGAGAUGCAGUGGCUGGACUGCGGACCCGAGUGCCAGCUGACAUGCCAGAAUUUCUUGAACGGCGAAGUCGGCUGCGCCAGUAGGCAGUCCUGCAACCCCGGAUGCUUCUGCCCGCCCGGAACUGUACUGGACGGCGACAUUUGCAAGAACCCCGACGAUUGCGCUGACAAGGUGUGCACGGGAUAUGGCGACCCGACCAUCGAGACCUUCGACGGAUGGAAGUUCCAUCUGCAGUCCAGCGGGCACUUCGACUUAGUCUCGGAUUCCGAGGGACGGUUCACUGUGGACGGCGUGACCGGAAAGUGCGACGAGCGACUAACCUGCAUCAUUGGCCUCAACGUGGAGCACAAGAAUCACGUGGCCCGCAUCCGAAGGCGCAAGCCGGCGGUAAUCGACGGCAACGAGUACGAAGCGAAGGACCUGCCGUGGAAGGGCGACGGUCUCACCGUGUUCGCGAUGCCCGGACAGGUGACCGUGGUGCUCUUCCGAGAGCUGGGCGUUCAGGUGCGAUACAACGAGAUCAGCGCUGCUUUCUCCAUCCACGUGCCUUCCAAGAACUUCUUCAACAGGACCGAGGGUCUCUGCGGUAACUGCAACGGCCAGCCAGACGACGACAAGAAGAAGAAGGACGGCACCCUCUCGGAUGACUUGGUCGAUUUCAUCUGCAGCUGGGAAACGCAGCUUUCGCCCGAGGAAUGCGUCAUGAAUUUCACUGGCAUCGAGCCAACCGCACCCCCUCCACCGGGCGCCUGCUCGGAGAUGCUGGACCGGUCCGUUUUCGGCGAAUGCCCCAACCUGGUGGACGUGUCCAAGUACCUGGACCAGUGCCGCCAUGACACCGCCUUGAGCGUCAUGGAGAACGCGGCGACGUGCGCCUCGCUCGUCGAAUACGCGCACGCCUGCUGUCGCGCCGGCGUGCACGUCGAUGACGCCUACAUACAGCGAUUCUGCAAUAUAACGUGUCCCGGAGACACGGCGUACAUGAGCUGCCACGACGGCUGCCCACAGACCUGUGACGCCGAGAACCGUGCUGAAAAUAGCGGAAAAGGUGUGCCGGCCGCUAAGGGCCACUACCACAUGGCCGACUGCAAGAAGUUGCUCGUCGAUGGAUGCUUCUGUCCAGAGGGAUCGGUCUUUCUGGACGGCAUCUGCCGACCUCGAGAAGUCUGCGACCUCUGUGACGAGGAAGGACACAAGGUGGGUGACGAGUGGCAGCGUGACAAGUGCACCCACUGCACGUGCAAGAAGGGCGGCCGCGCCGACUGCCAGCACGAAGUGUGCCCGGCGGACCCUGUGUGCCGCGAAGACCAGAAGCUGGUGCGCUUGAACGACAAGGACCGCUGCUGCGAUGAGAAAUACUGCCAGGACGUCGUGGAAAAGUGUCCAGAACUAAGCCUCCCUAAGUGCAGCAAGGGCGACGUGGCCAAGACCAGGACGGACGAAGCGGGCUGCCCCGUGUACUUCUGCGAAUGCGACCCGGCACUCUGCCCUGCCGUGGUCUGGCCCACCGACCUGGAGAUUGGACAGGAGGUGGUCAUGACGCCCCAAGGCUGCUGCGCUACCCUCGAAGCCGUGUGCUACCCGGAGAAGUGCCCGCCCGAGCCUUCUUGCCCACCCGGCACCCAGCUUGUCGCCACGCCCGGGGCAUGCUGCAACAACUACAAGUGCAAAGCCCCCGAAGGAGUGUGCCUGUACACGCACCAAUACGAAGUCAACGACGAAGGCAGAGAAGUCCCCGUCGAAGUGUACCGCCAGAACGUCUCUUUCUACCAGGCUAACAGUGAAUGGAAGGACGGUCUCUGCCGAAACUGCUCGUGCGAUGGUUCCGGAUCUCAGUUCAUGGCGCGAUGCACGCACGAGACCUGCUACGAGAGCGCCGAGCUGCCCGAUGACAAGGACUACUACUUGACUGUGGUAGACGUGCCGCUGCGCUGCUGUCCCACAAUUGUUCGGCUUUUCUGCAAGGACGACUACGGCAACAUACGCGAGCCCGGCGACGUGUGGCAGUCUCGGGAGGACCCGUGCCAGUCGCACGUAUGCGAGAGAACCGCCGCGGGAGAAGUUCACAAGGUUCUUCGCUCCAUCGUCUGCCCCAAGUGUCCAGAGAAUUCGCAGGAAAUUGCCCCGGCUCCGGGCGAGUGCUGUCCCCGCUGCCAGGUUGUGGCAUGCGACGAGGCCGGCACGCUACACCCGGUGGGCACUCGCUGGAACUCGACCACCUAUCCGUGCUACGUCGCUUCGUGCGAGCAGCAGGGCGACAGCGUACGCACUGUCUACAACAGCCCUUCCUGCUCUCCUGUGCCCAAACGGUGCCCCAAGGACAUGGUCGUUUGGGAUGAAAACCACUGCUGCCAAAAAUGCAACAUUACCACAGUGUCCGAGGAAGUCUGCUCGCCUGCACCGAUUACUGCUGAGCAAACUCUCAGGAAGUUCUCGUACCGUCAUCAAAAGUGGGGACUUUGCUUCAACACAGAGCCAGUUCAAGGAGCGAUGGAGUGCGCCGGAAACUGCGAGUCACAUGCUUAUUUUGCGACCGGUAAUGCAGACGAGCUUCAGUCUGACUGCAAGUGCUGCAAGCCUUCCAGCUGGAGUACAGUGAAGAUUGAACUCAGAUGUCAGAACGGGAGAAAGCUGGCGGGUACGUUCAACCAGCCUGUUGCGUGCUCCUGUACGCCGUGCGUGCCAUAUACAAGAGAGCGAGAAGAUCUCUCCGGCAAUCGUGGUUUUGUCGGUAUCAAGGUUCCCUUAACGAACACCAGUAUAUAUAAGACAAUGCAAGGGGAUCAGCCACCUCCACUCGAGAAGGCGAAAGAACCAAAAAUUGAAGUUGAAGUGAAGCCAAAUAAACCCGAAAUUAAUGUUCCUAUUGCUCAAAAGCCAUUCAGACCAGAAGAAGAAGAAGAAAACCCAAUAAAAUUUGAGCCAAUCAGCCAAGUUGCGCAAGAGCCCUACAGACCGGAAGACAUACCAGAACCAAGCCCUCCAAAUGCGGCAGAACCGAUUGUUCAAGAGCCUUUCAGGCCUGAAGAUGUCACAGAACCACCAAAGAGACUUGAGCCGAUCAGCCAAGUUGGUCAAAAGCCGUACAUACCUGAAGCUGAACCAGAGCUGAAUCCACAGAACCCUGGAGGUCCUAUCGCUCAAGAGCCAUUAGGACCAGAUUACGUGACAGAACUGCAAAAUAGGCCUGAGUCCACUAGCCAAAUACAACAAGAACCAUAUACAGCAGAGCACAUCCCGCAAUCAACACCAGCGAAUCCACUAGGACCAAUCAACAAGAACCAUAUACAGCAGAGCACAUCCCGCAAUCAACACCAGCGAAUCCACUAGGACCAAUCGCA